UUAUUAUUGGAUUUAUUAUAAGGUGGGAGACAAAAGGAAGAGGAUCUCCAAUCGCUGGCAGCCUUGAUCUACAGGGGGGGGGGACGGAUUGUCUCCGUUAUCCAGAUAGCGGGAGCACGCAGGCGAGGGACUCCUCCCGGGGGGUGGGUGGAAACUGCAGGAGGAUCCUGUGGAAAUCACCCAAGCCCUGUGUGUGUGAGAGAGCUUCUAUCCCCUCCUGUCACCCCUUUGCUAUUUUCUGUUGAUGAUUUCCCCCCCGAGUCUCCUGCUGUAAAAAAAAAAAAGGAAGCAACGGCAGGAGCUGGACAUUGAGCCGCCGGGCUCGGACUGUGUGUUUAUUGCCCAUCUUUUCUGAAGCCAUCGUGCCCGCUCAUCGCUAUCCCUCACCAUGUGCCGGAGAGACCCGAGAGUUCGCCUGCUGCUGCUGCCGACCCUGCGCAUCCUAGCGGCCCUGAUGCUGCACCAGGGACCAGCUGAAGCACUCGCGGGAUCUAGAUUAUGCAAGACAGGAUUUCUCCAGGAUGUUUAUCACGCCAGAAUCUACAGAAGCAUACAUGAAGGGCAACCUCUCCUAAAUGUGAAGUUCACAGACUGUGGUGCUGACCGGCGGAUACAGUUUGAGACCAGCAACCCUUCAGAUUUUCGGAUCGAUGGCGAUGGGGUGAUAUUUGCCUCAAGAACCUUUGACAUUUCUCUGGAUCAGACCAGUUUUUUGGUGUAUGCCCAAGACGAAGAUACCAGGGAGAUUUGGCACGUGACAGUGAAAAUCGCAUUAAGGCCUCAACAUGCACAAGAAUUACUUCAGGUUUCACAUAAAGUUAAAGAAAUUAAAUUCCCUCCACAACGUAAGCACAAUGGAAGUCUACGAAGACAGAAGAGGGAUUGGGUCAUCCCACCGAUUAAUGUGCCAGAAAACGCAAGGGGAACUUUUCCUCAGGAAUUAGUUAGAAUCAGGUCUGACCGUGAUAAAAGCCUAUCUCUGCGGUACAGCGUUACUGGUCCAGGAGCUGACCAACCUCCAAUCGGCGUCUUUAUUAUCAAUCCAAUCUCAGGACAGCUCUCAGUGACAAAGCCUUUGGAUCGGGAACAAAUUGCCACUUUCCAUCUGAGGGCACACGCGGUCGAUGUAAAUGGAAACCAGGUAGAAAAUCCCAUAGACAUCGUGAUCAAUGUAAUAGAUAUGAAUGACAACCGACCAGAAUUCUUGCACCAGGUCUGGAAUGGGACAAUUCCUGAAGGCUCGAAGCCAGGAACCUAUGUAAUGACUGUCACGGCUAUUGAUGGGGAUGAUCCUAGACAACCAAAUGGGAUGUUGCGCUACAAAAUUCUGUCCCAGGCUCCAAACAGCCCGAGUGACACCAUGUUUACAAUCAACAAUGAAACUGGUGAUAUAAUCACCUUGGCAGCUGGGCUAGACAGAGAGAAAGUACAACGCUAUACGUUAAUAAUUCAAGCUACAGACAUGGAAGGAAACCCAACAUAUGGUCUCUCAAAUACAGCAACCGCCGUCAUUUCGGUGACAGAUAUCAAUGACAACUCUCCUCUCUUCACAGCCGCAACUUUUCAUGGUGACCUGCCUGAAAAUAGAGUUGAUAUUGUGGUAGCAAACUUAACGGUUACGGAUAUGGAUCAGCCGCACACUGGUGCAUGGAACGCCGUAUAUAAAAUAAUCCAUGGAGAUCCUAAUGGGAAAUUUAUCAUCAAGACAGACCCAAACACCAACGAUGGUUUAGUCACUGUAGUGAAACCUAUUGACUAUGAAAGCAUGGUGAAGGUUUCACUGACAGUAGUCGCUGAAAAUCAAGUUCCUUUAAUCAAAGGUAUUCCUCAGCCUCCUGCAUCAACAGCGACAGUCAGUAUUACAAUCAUUGAUGUGAAUGAGAGCCCUUAUUUUAUUCCAAAUCCCAAUAUUCUACGUCAAGAAGAAGGCCUGCUACCUGGAAACAAGUUGACAGUUUUUACUGCGCAGGAUCCAGACCGAUACAUGAAACAGACAAUUAGGUAUUCAAAGCUGUCUGAUCCUGGUAACUGGCUUAAAAUCGAUCCUAUAAAUGGACAGAUAACCACUAUGGCUAUUCUGGACAGAGAAUCCAUGUAUGUGAAAAACAAUAUGUACAAUGCUACGUUCCUGGCUACAGACAGUGGCAUUCCUCCAAUGAGUGGCACUGGCACAUUACAAAUUUAUUUACUGGAUGUAAAUGAUAAUGCGCCUCAUGUUUUCCCUCGAGAAGUGGAGAUCUGUGAAAGGCCAGACCCGAAUGCAAUUAACAUUACAGCUGUUGACGCUGACAUAAGUCCCAAUGCAGGACCUUUUAUUUUUGAACUACCUUACAGCCCUAUGGAUAUCAAAAAGAACUGGACAAUCACGCGCAUUAACGGUGACCAUGCUCAGCUCAGUUUGAAGAUCGGAUCACUUGAUGAUGGCAUCUAUAACAUUCCGAUACAGAUCACAGAUUCCGGAAAUCCUGCCAUGUCAAACACCUCCUUCCUCCGCGUUAAAGUUUGCUCCUGCGACAUGAACGGAUACUGCAGCGGCGUGGCUCCAAUAGUUGGAACUGGUCUUGGCACAGGAGCCAUCAUUGCAAUUCUUCUUUGCAUCAUAAUUUUGCUUACAUUAGUUUUGAUGUUUGUGGUAUGGAUGAAGCGUCGCGACAAAGAGCGCCAGGCCAAACAGCUUCUUAUUGACCCAGAAGAUGAUGUCAGAGACAACAUUUUGAAGUAUGAUGAAGAAGGUGGUGGAGAAGAAGACCAGGACUACGAUUUAAGCCAGUUGCAACAACCUGAUACCAUGGAACCAGAUACAAUCAAACCAAGUGGAAUACGACGUAUGGAUGAAAGGCCAAUCCACGCAGAACCUCAGUACCCUGUUCGGUCAGCUGCUCCCCACCCUGGUGAUAUUGGCGACUUCAUUAAUGAGGGACUGAAAGCAGCAGACAAUGAUCCCACCGCCCCACCCUAUGACUCUCUUUUAGUUUUUGAUUAUGAAGGUAGCGGCUCUACUGCUGGAUCACUAAGCUCCUUGAAUUCAUCAAGUAGUGGAGGAGAGCAAGAUUAUGAUUACCUAAAUGACUGGGGCCCUCGCUUCAAGAAACUUGCCGACAUGUAUGGUGGAGGAGAUGACUGAACUUCAAACUGAACUUUUAUUUUUGUGGACAAGAACAAACAUUUGAACUGAUAUUCCCAAAAAGCAUAAAGAAGCUUGGCUUUAACUUUGUAGUCUACUAGCACAAGUGCUUGAUUGAAGGCUUUGGCAUAGGCUGCAAACCAAUUUGGGCUCAGUGGGAAUAUCAGUAAUCCAAUAUUGUUUGGAAAAAAAAUUGAUUGAGCUCAGUUACACUUGAAUUUUACAGUACAGAAGCACUGGGAUUUUAUGUGCCUUUUUGUACCUUUUUCAGAUCGGAUUUAGUUUUAUGUUCAACGCUUUAAUGGUACUGAUUCCUGAAAGGGUGAAAAGACAAGGUAUGUUGUGGGUGGGGUGGCAUAAGUAAUCAAAAUAUCCUUCAUCACUUUUUUUUUUACACUGCGUUGCUUUCGUUCAAAUCUGAAGUAGAGAAGACAUUUCUUUAGAGUUAUUUUAUUAGCUGAAAACAGAACAUGUGAGUGACAUGUACAGUGCAUUAUAUCUAGUUCUAGAAGUUAGAGUUUUUCAUUGAAAUUCUCCAGUUAUUUGCAGUUGGAUGCAGAUGAAGGGAGCUAUCAUAUCACCAAUUUUUAGCAUAUUUGGCUUUUCUGUAGCAGGAUUGAUUUUUUUUUCCUUUUCCACAUGAUAUAGAUUAUAGGCACAUUUUGGUCUUAAUCAACGUACAAUUUUUUUGUUUGGGUCUUUUUUCACUUCACUGUAAAAACCGUAUGUGUACAUAAUGUUUUAUCAGCAUAGUCUAUAAAGAAGUUUCAAAGCUUCAGAACAUGUGUAUGUAUUAUUUGGACUAUGAAUCAGGUUUUGCAUGUUUAUAUCUUUCGUUAUGGAUAAAGUAUUUACAAAACAGGUUAAAACACAAUUUUGUUCAAUCAAACUGUAGAAUGAAUUCACAAAUUGGUUUUUUUUUAUUAUUAUUGAUUUGGGAGGGUAAAACAAUUCUUAGCACAAAUAUUUUACAUAAUUUGUACCAAAAAAAUAAAAAAAACAGGGGUAACCUGACACUGGUGGCACUACUAAUACAUGUUUAAGGGGGGGUGGGAAGGUUUUAAACUAAAGAGACUUUGACAGCAGCUUUGCCUCUGUAUUGUGUACCAGAAUAUGAAUGAUGCACCUCUGACCCCAACGUUCUGAAUAAAAUGCUAAUUUUGGA